AUGGAAACGUUCAAAUUCAACAAUAUAGUCCAAAAAGAUGAUCAAAACAUCAAAACCUUCAUAACAGAAUUAAAAAAUCAGGCAGCUAGUUGGGAUUUUGUGUGCACAAAAGAUAAUUGCAAGAUGAGCUAUGUUGACCGUAUGAUAAAAGAUAGAAUAAUCCUUUGGGCCAAUGACAAGCAAAUUCAACAAAUAUUUAUUAAAGAACCAUGCAUGACUGUAGAUGAAAUAAAAGAAUACUGCAAGUUUGGGAAACAUAUUUGUUUUCCUUCGCAAGAUCCAUGCCAACAUAAUAUAUGUAAAAAUGUAAAUGAUAAUCAUCGCGUGUUAAUAGAAGAUUUGGACAAAUUAGUCCUUACGUUGUAG